AGCUUGCUUAACUGCGCUUCUAAAUUUAAACAAUUCUAGUUCAACAUUGAACCGUUCAACUACAUAAGUAACAACUCUCAUUUUUUGACGACUACGGCUACAACACAACACAUUUUGAGGUUUCACACGUAGCUUUUAUCAAAGACCCUGUCGUAGGGCUAAUCUGCAACAUGAGUUCAGAGUAUUCUUAUGACGAACAGGGUCAAUUCUACCCUUUCUUCAUCUUUACUCUGACAACCAUCGUCACGCUCCCACUCACAUAUAGCCUUCUCGCGCCGAGCAAGGAUGUCGUUUCCACCGCACCGAGACUACAGACCGACUAUAAACCCGAACAUGCCGACCUCAUACAAGCGCAGCGUACCGCGCAGAAGCGAAAGCAGCGCAAGGUCAAGCGCGCCAUCGCUGUCGUCCUAGGAUGGGCCGUCAUGGCCGGCAUGCUAUACCUCAUCGUCACCACCCAACGAACAACGGCCAAGAUAUGGAACCCAUAUGAUAUUCUAGGCGUCUCAGAGUCGGCAACGGACAAGCAGAUUAAAUCCCACUACAGGAAACUUGGUCUCAAGUAUCACCCGGACAAGGCCAAACCCGACCCAGCUAAGAAUGAGACUGCCGAGAUGUUGAGUGACAAGUGGGUUGACCUCACCAAGGCAUACCAGGCUCUUACCGACGAGGAGGUUCGCAACAACUAUAUUCAAUAUGGCCACCCCGACGGCAAGCAAAGCUUCAGCAUUGGAAUCGCUCUACCCAAGUUCAUCAUAUCCGAUGGAAAUGGAAAAUAUGUUGUUCUCGUCUACGCCUUACUCCUAGGAGUCAUGUUGCCUUACUAUGUUGGAUCAUGGUGGUAUGGCACCCAACGCAUCACCAAGGAGGGAGUUCUUAUCGAGAGUGCCAACAACCUCUUCCGCGAGUAUUCUGAGGAUAUGGAUGAGGGAGAUCUGGUGACUGCUCUCAGCGCCGGUAAGGAGUUCCAGGAGACCUUGAAGGGAGACAAGGCCGAGUCUGGCCUUGCGACAAUCGAAUCUAGAAUCCUGGCUGAAGGUCAACUCGCAUCAUUUGCUGGCGGAUUAUCAGUUAAAGAUAAGGAGAAGCUGGAAGACCUCGAUGGUGGGGUGAGAAGAAAGGUCCUGGCUCUCCUUUGGGCAUACCUCGGCCGCGUAGAGCUCGAUGAUCAGGCUUUGAACACCGCGAAGUACCUAGUCGCACCUAUUGCACAGAGCCUCUGCAGUUCCUUUAGAGCGAUCUCUCUGGCGUACAGCAACACCGGCCCGAUUCUAGCUUCUUUCUAUACCAGCCAACGACUCAUCCAAGCAGUACCACCUAACGCAUCCCCGCUUCUCCAGCUCCCCCACUUCACGCCUGCCGUAGUAAAGGCCGUUGAGGGUGACUCGAAGAAUCAUUUAACUGUUCAAGAGUUUAUGGAUCAGCCUGAUGCAACACGCCGAAGCGCUGCCGUUGGAAAUGGUCUUCUAAGCCAAGAGCAGUACAAGACGGCUGUUGACGUUGCAGGACAGCUCCCAUACCUCCGAGUCGCAAAGGCAUUCUUUAAGGUUGCAGGCGAACGAUUCAUUAUCCCGUCCUCUUUGGUUACACUGGUUGUGAAGGGCCGAUUCGUACCACCUGGAAGCACAAACGUCCCGGACGUCGAUGAACUCGAUUUGGAAGAUAUUGAUCCGGCCGAGGAUGACCUAGAUGCACUUAUGGGACGAAAGAAGGCAGUCAAGGAUGAGAACGGAAAAAUAGUUUCCAAGGAAGAGUCUAAACCCGUACCACCACCGCUCACAUUUGCUCCUUACUACUCUCGCGAACAAUCACCACGCUGGCACAUCUUUCUCUCCGAUAGCAAACAGGGGAAGAUGGCAGUACCGCCAUUCACCUUUACCACCUUCGACCAACCUAUCUUUACUGCCGAUGGAAAGCCGACGUUUAACAUGCAGACCUUGAAAGCUCAAUUUGCCGCUCCCCCGCAAGCAGGUACCUAUACAUUUGUCAUGCACGUCGUCUGUGACAGCUACGUUGGAUUUGAUACCAAGAUGGAAGUUACCCUUGCUGUUGAGGAUGCUAGUAAGGCGGCGGCAAUGGCUGCUGAGGAUGAGAUCAGUGAGCCGGAAGAAGAUUCUCUUGCUGGUCAGAUGAGCGCACUCAAGGGUGGCAGUGUUGCCGGCACUACGAAGCCUAAGAGACGGAAAGAUGACGACGACUCUGAAGAUGACGAUGAGAGUGGUACUGAAGAGGAGGAAGAUGAUACUAGCGAGACGAAUACCGACACCGAACCCGAGUCGUAGGAUACAAAUACCUUAACGGACCGUAUCAUGAAUCGGGAAUCUAAUAAGUCCUACUCCCCUUGACUAGACCGUGGUGCUUCACAGAGGCAUCCCGGUUUCUAUCUCUUGAACGUUGGCUCCAGGCCAACUUCACUCAGAUGAUGGUACAUGUGUAAAGUUAGUAUUGUGCGAAAAAAGAAAACGCGUACGAACGCUACAGCAGCAGCAGCAUGGAAUUGGCGUCGUGGCGUUGGGAGGGAUUUGCCAUGGGCGUAUAGGCUAUAGCAAGUCCACGCUUUGCGCAGAUAAAGUUUAAUUCUGAUGUUCAAACUUA